GGACCAACCCCGUGUUGUUUUAACCCCAAUUGACGGGGUCGGGGGUCUGUGGCCUGGGUGUGUCAGCGCCUUUGACGGACGCUCAGCAGCGCAGCUGUGCCGCCAGAUGUGUUUCCAGCGGUGCCUCCAGCUGUGCCUCGCGUCUUCCAUUGCGACUACAUUUCCCACGAGCCCCCGCGGCGCCCACCGGAAGCGGCCGCUCCCGCUCCCCCCGGACUCGCUUUCCCGGCAGCCCCUGUGGCGCCCCUGGGCCAAGAUGGCGGCGGGGAGCGGCCCCGGGGCUCGGGAGCUCUUUGCUGAGGGGCUCCUGCAGUUCCUGCGGCCCGCGGUGCGACAGCUCGACCGCCACGUCCACAGCGUCAGGGAGAGCCAGGUGGAGCUGCGGGAGCACAUCGACAGCCUGGCCACAGGAGCGGCUGCGGAGGCUGAACCACAGCGUGGCCAAGGAGACGGUGCGGAGGAGGGCGAUGCUGGAGGCCGGGGGCUACCAGGGCAAGUGAGCAGGAAUCCCUGCUGAUCCCAGCUCGGGAAUUCCCCCGUCAGCUGCAGCCCAGGGAACGGGAACGCCUGGAGCCGCGCUCCCAGCUUUGUGGGUGCUGGAAUAAAAGUGACCGAGAGUCCGUGA